GAUGGGUUUCCGGGGGUGGGCGGUGGAAAUUAAUUUUCGGGCUAGGUGAUUUUCUGGGGUUUUCGUUGGUGGGGGAAGGGAAGGGGUGGGUUUCGAGGGAAGGGGAGGGGUUUCCGGGGGUGGGCGGUGGUUUUCGGCACCAGGGGAGGGUUUUUUCGGGGGUGGGGGUGGGGGAGUGGUGGCUGCCGCUGGGUAUGGGUGGGUUUGUGGGGUUAUUAUUAUUAUUUUUUUUGUUUUUCUGUUUUUUUUAAAAAAAAAAUUAUAAGCCAAUCAUACGCUGACACGUGGCUAGGUAACCUGCUACAUCAGGUUACACUACUACAAAAUGAUUCUUUUCUCGACGCUUAAGCCUCGACGCUUCGGUAUGAGCAUUAGGUGGUAAAUCGAUAUGCGUAUUUUUUCAACGCCUAAAAGCGCUGAGAUUGAUUUUCGACAUAAAUAAGCGUCGAGAACAACACGUGCAAGGCUCGUGAGUGCAUUUUGUUUAACCCACGGUUUCUUAAUUUCAGAAAUAAUAAAACCGCCCAUAGUUUCUAAACUUGAAAACCUUUCACUUCUCACAUCUUAACCCUAACUAUUCAUCUCUCCUUCAUCUUACUAAAUUCUGUGAAGUGAUUCAGAAAAUCAUGGAUUUCAAUGUCAGAUCUUCAAUUCGUUCCCCGUGAAUUGCUCAUAAAUAAUUUUGCUUGCUUAAAUUUCUCUACUCACCGGCCUUCAAGGAUGUUUUAGUUUCGUCUUCUCGUUGCCGAUUUAAUUGAGAUGACUUGACUACAAUGCUGGUACAACAAUGUUGUUGGUCCCAGUUUAAUAUUCAGAGAAUCAUUGAGAUUACUAGUGAGAAUGAGGCAAAUAAGCUGAUCGUGCCAAAUUAGCUAAAAGAGAGGCGAUUCCAUGCUUUGAAAGAUACAUGGGGAGUCCCUAAAUUCUUGUCAUAAACAACCAAGUCAAGAUAUCUACUAUGUCGAUUGUUGAAGGAAAAAUUCACAGAAGUUAUACCUGGAGUAUUGAGAAAUUCUCGACUUUGAAUGAUGAAUUGUUUUCUCCUGUAUUUCGCUUUGAUGGAUGGUCAUGGAAAUUAAACUUAUUUCCUAGAGGAGAGGCUGAAGAUGGUAAAUGCCUCUCACUAUUUCUGCAUGUAGACAAUAGUUCCGGGCUAACUGAUGAUAACAAACUGUAUGUUGAAUUUAUUCUUUACUUGAAGAAUCAACGCCAAGGAAAAGACGACCAUCACAGUAAGAUAACUUCGUACCUGGUUUUAUGCAAGCUCAAACAAUUGGGGCUACCCAUACUUUCAUGCUUGAUAAAGUUCAUUAUAAUAAGAUAUGGGCAGAACGACUUCUAAGCAUGUAUGUCAAUUGGGCUGAAAAGCAAGGUUACAAAGGUAGAGUAUUGGAGAAGUGUUCCUCGAACAUUGGGGGCAUUAAGUCUGCCACUAUUGAGUUUGAAUUUAAGUAUGCUUAUGGAUUUUUGAUUGGCGAAAGAGGUGUUCACCACAUGAUGAGUUCACUUAAAAAACAAGUUGCCAUGAGAUUGAAGAUGCAAAACUUAUAAAGGAGUUGGCAGAAACAGAUGCUGUAAAUUAUGGACUGAUAAAGCAAGCGUAUAAUGCAUCAGUUGAUAUAAGCACGUUUUUAGAUCAAUAUGAGAUGUCCAGGCUUUUGAAAGGGCCAUAUGUGAAAGGUGUUUAAUGGUUUCUCUCAAGUUUUACUCUUAUAUUAUGUCUACUAUUUGUUGUAGGGAAAUUGUGAUCGACAUUAUGCAUAUCCUAGCUCGAGUCUUGAGAUUUGUGAAGGGUGAAUCUGUGAUCUACACAACUUUUGAUUGCUCUACAAUGAAGGAGAUUGGGCAGCCAAUCCUUUUUUUGCUCAAAUUUAACAGGCCCCGGCUUCCAGUUUUAUUGAGAGGCUGUUAUGGCUCUCAAAAAAUGUUUCAAGGUCUGAACUAGUUACGAUUGCCACGCUAGCUUGGGCCUCUCUUGGCACUGCAGGAAUAUGUCCACCUUUGAGAAGAAUUCAUUUAAUGAUGUUGAGGUUGCCAGGGGGGUUGUGAAUAUGGUGCGUGAAAGUAAUGAGUAUACUGGAAGGGUUGCUAGCUGACCCACCCAAAUCUGCCCACCAGUCAGUUCGUGGAGUUAUGUUGCCCAACUCAGAGAAGGGUCAAGGUAAAUUGUGAUGCCCUUUAGGUGUUUAAACCGGCUUGGGGGCUGUGAUCAGAAAUGAUCAAGGGACUAUUGUUGCUGCUGCAGUGAGGCAGGAGGGUGCAGGGUGGGAUGUAGGGUGUGCGAAAGUUGUUGCCUGUCAAUAUGGUCUGCUUGUGGCGAAGAGGUUGGGAUACUCUGAUGUUCAGCUUGAAAGUGAUGCCUUGAAUGUGGUGAAUGCUGUCCGAAACAAUGCCAAAGGAUUUUCCCUUGUGUUUCUCCUAUAUGAUAAUAUUUGUAGGCUUUUUUCAGUUUUAGUUCGUUUUUAAUUUCUCAUGUAAAGCAAUCGGGUAGUACUUUAGCUCAUAAUGUCGCUAGAUGGGAGACCGUUGUGACGAAUUUGUAUCUUCGGGUCCUUUUCCUCAAAGUUUAUUGACUUUGGCGGAAAUUGUUCUUCUUUAAUAUAUUUUUCCCGUUGCUUGACUUCAAAAAAAAAAUAUGUGACAUUUUUUUUUAAUUAAUUGUAUUGAUGUUUUCUUUAAUAAAUUUAGUAAUUAACUACGUACUA